AUGGAUCAUCUUGAGGACGCACAGUUCGAUGGGAUAGAUCCCAACGCGUCGCCCUACGAGAGUGUCGACAGCAAUACCACACCUGAUACGGAAUUCUCUCCUCCCAGCAGCCCGUUUCGAAAAGUUUCAGUCUCCAAAAAUCACCGGUUGAUAGCAAGACAGAAGUUAGCUCAACUAAGCCUCAAGGAGAAGGUAUCGCUACUCACAGCUGCGGACUUCUGGCGAACUAAGUCGAUAUCAUCUAAAGGCAUCCCAGCUAUUAAGACAAGUGAUGGCCCCAAUGGCGCUCGGGGAGGCAUAUUUGUCGGGGGCACCAAGGCAGCCUUGUUUCCAUGCGGUAUCUCGCUUGCAGCCACCUGGAAUAAAGAUCUGCUAUACACAGUCGGUCAGCACCUAGCCGAUGAGGUCAGGGCUAGGUCAGCCAAUGUGCUUCUCGCCCCCACAGUCUGCAUGCACCGUCACCCUCUCGGCGGUCGGAAUUUUGAAUCUUUUUCAGAAGAUCCACUCCUUACCGGCAAGCUCGCCUCCAGGUAUAUACAAGGGCUUCAGUCCAAAGGAGUCGCCGCGACCAUUAAGCAUUUCGUAGCAAAUGAACAGGAAACCCAUCGGCUCACCAUCGACUCGGUGAUGAUGGAACGUCCGCUGAGGGAGCUGUAUCUCCGACCUUUCGAAAUAGCUAUACGAGAAGCGAAUCCCUGGGCCGUUAUGUCAUCAUAUAAUCUGAUUAAUGGGACCCAUGCCGACAUGAACAAGCACACACUCAAAGACAUACUGAGGGGAGAAUGGGGUUACGACGGAACCGUCAUGUCUGAUUGGGGAGGCGUCAAUUCAACUAUUGAAUCGAUAAAAGCAGGGUGCGAUAUUGAGUUCCCCUUUUCGUCGAAGUGGCGUUUCGAGAAGGUCCUUAAAGCCAUCGAAGAUGGCCUACUUACUAUUGAUGACAUAAACGUUGCUGCAGAGAACGUUUUGACCCUUGUCGAGCGCACAAAAGGAGACGACAUGUCUGCUGAAGAAGCCGAGCGUGAAGACGAUAGAGAAGAGACGAGAAUAUUGAUUCGUGAAGCGGGUGCGGAGGGUCUAACUUUGCUGAAGAACGAAGGGCAAAUCUUACCACUUAACCCCCAAACCACCAAAGUUGCGGUCAUAGGUCCGAACGCUAACCGGGCCAUUGCCGGCGGUGGCGGCAGCGCCAGUCUUAAUCCCUAUUAUAACACGCUUCCGCUCGAUAGUAUCAGAGCAGCAGCACAGCAGGAAGUUGUAUACGCCCAAGGGUGUCACAUCCAUAAGUGGCUUCCAGUUGCGUCGCCUUUCUGUACUGACAAAUCAGGAGAGCCAGGUGUGACUAUCGACUGGUUUAGCGGAGACCAGUUUCAGGGCGAUGUGAUUGUCACUGAGAGGAGGGCGAAUACCGAUCUUUUCCUAUGGGACUCUGCACCACUAUCCCAGCUCGGUCCUGAAUGGUCAGCUAUUGCAACAACUUACAUAACACCGACAACUACCGGCAAGCACACGAUCAGUUUCAUGAGCGUCGGUCCUGGAAGGUUAUACGUAGAUGGAGAACUAGCUCUCGAUCUCUGGAACUGGACUGAAGAGGGCGAAGCAAUGUUUGACGGCUCGAUAGAUUACAUGGUCGACGUUCAUAUGCAAGCUGGAAGGCCGGCACAACUGCGGGUGGAGAUGACGAACGAGCUGCGACCGAUUGCGAAGCAGAAGAUUUUCAAUAUGACACAUAAAUAUGGAGGUUGCCGCCUCGGCUUCAAGGAGGAAGACCAGGUUGACUAUCUUCAGCAAGCCGUAGAGGUAGCAAGAGAAGCCGACGUUGCUGUCGUUAUUGUUGGGCUCGAUGCCGAGUGGGAAUCUGAAGGAUACGACCGAAAGACGAUGGAUCUUCCUUCCGACGGAAGUCAAGACAGAUUAAUCGAAGCGAUAGUGAAGGCCAAUCCGCGAACAGUUGUAGUUAACCAGUCUGGCUCGCCGGUUACCAUGCCUUGGGCAGACCAGGUACCCACAAUCAUACAAGCCUGGUAUCAAGGCCAAGAAGCGGGCAACGCGUUAGCUGACGUUUUGUUCGGCCGCCGGAAUCCCAGCGGUAAACUUCCAACGACUUUCCCUCGGCGGCUCGAAGACUCGCCGGCCUACCACAAUUGGCCCGGUGAAAACUCGCGGGUUAUGUACGGUGAAGGCUUAUAUAUCGGAUAUAGGCAUUACGAUCGGACGAGCAUCGCACCACUGUUCCCGUUUGGCCACGGCCUCUCUUACACAACGUUCGAGUACGGCCGACCGUCUCUUAGCCGGAGGACGCUGACAGAGUCGGCGCCAAUCCACUUGAUCAUGGCGGUGACCAACACAGGAAGCCUGGCGGGCUCUGAGACUGUGCAGAUAUAUGUCAGCGACGACAAGUCGAGGCUGCCUCGCCCCGAGAAGGAAUUAGUAGCGUUCGAAAAGGUAUCUCUCCAGCCAGAAGAAACUAAGCAUAUUAUUGUUCCGUUGGAUAAGUACGCAGUUGGAUACUAUGACGACUCGGUACCAGGAUGGAUCGCGGAGGAGGGUACAUUUAAAGUACUGAUAGGGGCGUCGGCGACUGAUAUUAGGCAUACAGUCCCGUUCGAUGUUAAGGAAUCGUUCACUUGGACGUUUUAA